AUGCGCAUAGUACAAUCAUGUUGGCGUCAGUCGAACUGGAUAACUAAGACAUUUGUUCAGCGACGGUAUUUAAAUCAAGAUACAAAUGCUGCUGGCGUAUGGGAUCCAUUUCCAGUAAUUGAUACAAUUGUUACUUUGAAAAAAGAUCCUUUCCAGCCGAUUGUUGAAAAGUCUGCCGAGACAGCUUUGGACGAAGACCAUGGCAGGCCAAAAAAAUCUCAUAAAAGUCAACAACAGACACAGCAAAGCAAGUUCAUGGCUAUGCUAUCACCUCGUGUUAUGGAUGCUGUGUUAACUACUGUUAUGGGUUUGGCUGCCGUUGGAAUCGGCGGUACGGCUUAUCAUGCGUGGUACGAAUGGAGUGAAGUACACAAGGUCUACAAGUCCUUUACCGAACCCUCACCAUUGUUGAAAUCGCGAAUCAAACGCGGUUACUUCCAUCGAGACGAGCAAAGACGCAUAGACCGUGCUGUAACUGGACACACGGAUGCAAAGUAUUACUUAUUAAUGGGUGAAAGGGGAACGGGGAAGACGCAAUUGGUGCUGAACGCUAUGGAUAAAGUUGGUCAUUAUGGGAUUGUGUUCUGUGAGGCACAUUCGGAUAGUGAGGUAUUUAAGGCAAGGUUGGGAAGGGCACUGAACUAUUUGUAUAGAGAGGAUUAUGUUGGACAAUUAUUUGCUCGAGAGGCGCCGGAGAGAGGUUCAGCUUUACUUGAUAUAGAAAAAGCCUUGAACAUUGUUGAACUGGUUGCGUACAAAUAUCAGCGACGACGUGGACGUCCACUUGUUCUUGUCAUCAACAACAUCCAUGCCUUUGGUGAAGAUGAAGAAGGGGUUGACCUGCUAGAAAUUCUUCGGCAGCGUGCUGAAGCAUGGGCAGCUACCAGACUCGUGACAAUGAUUUUCAACACUGAUGAUUAUGCGGUCUACGAAAGGUUGAAAAGAGAUGCAGCACGCAUGGAAGUCAUCCGAAUUGAGGAUUUGGAAUUAAAGGAUGCCGUUAAAUUCCUAAAGGAUAAACGACAUAGAAAAGAACCAGACGAAGUCUAUGAACGAUAUGUUAAGGAAUGUGUUGGUGGGCGAUUGGCAUUUCUGAAUAGAUUAGCAAAGGCAAACGAUCUUGAAGUCAUGAUUAAAAUAAUAGAACACGAAGAGCGAACAUGGAUAAUAAACACGAUAGGUUUGAUUCCUGACUUUGAAGAAUCCGAAUUUGACAACCAGAAAUAUGCAGCAGCCGCCUGGAAGCUAAUUCGUGCUAUAGUUCAAUCUCCGACAAAGUCAAUUCCUUUGAACGACUGCCGUAUUAUCACUGGUAACUCGAGCUUCCACAGAAGGCUCGAUCACGAUAAUAUAAUACUUGUUGACACAGAUAAUAACGUUACAGCGGAUUCCAAGAUGUUGAUGAAUAUUUUUGAGGGGAUUGUGAAUUCUGAAGGAUUCGAUGAGUUAUUGAAUAAUGUUUUGAGUAGAAUAGAAGAAGUAGACAAAGAGCAGAGAACAAGGGAGAUUGUAUGGAGUAGGAAAAAUGAUCAAGUCGUUAAAUUUGGAAUGGAUCGAGCUAAAGCGAGGGGUGUCUUUUGGUAA